AUGUCGAGAAGAUUUGAUAGUGGAGCUCAAAAAAGGAAGCUGAAAAAAGAGAGAGAAAAGUUUCAAAAUAAACUUCCGAAAUUGACAGGAUAUUUUUCGUCAAAUCAAUCAAACUCGCAAUCAAAUGAGCAAGGACAAUAUACCCAAAAUGUGGACUAUGAAAACGAAAAUAUCGAAAACUACCCUACUUAUAAUGAAAUUAAGACUGGAAAUGAAGAUAUCGUUUCAACUGAAACUAGUCAUACAGAUAAAACUGAAGGUUCUUCAGUCAUAACGACGGAAACGAAUGCAGGUUAUGCAGGCAUAUUAGAACUGAUCGCUGAAUUUGAUCCUUUUUUGAAACAGCAUAUAAAUAUGUAUGCAAAUAAAGGUAGGGGGAACGUUUCCUACUUAUCAAAAACUAUUUGCGAAGAAUUUAUUGAAUUAUUGUCUAGAAGGGUUCUAACGCAGAUUAAAAACGAGAUCAAAGAAUCUAAGUAUUGGGGUCUCGUUGUCGAUUCCACUCCAGACAUUUCGCACGUAGAUCAACUAUCUGUGAUAUUUCGGUAUUAUUUCAAUGGUCAUAUUCAUGAACGAUUCUUUUGUUUCUUACAAAUUACAAGCCAUAAAGGCAAAUCAUUGAGUACCGAAAUAUUACAGUUACUUGAAGAACACGAUAUAAAUAUAGCUGACUGUCGAGCGCAAACGUAUGAUAAUGCCAGUAAUAUGUCUGGCAAAUACUCCGGCCUACAAAGUUGUUUAAAAGAACAAAAUAAAUUGGCAUUCUACGUCCCUUGUGUUGCUCAUUCUUUAAAUUUGGUCGGAGAAUGUAGCGUUGAUGAAUGCAUUUAUUCUAAAAAUUAUUUUGGUCUUUUGCAACGACUGUAUUCAUUUUUUGGCGCUUCAACGCAUAGAUGGAAUGUGUUAAAAAAUCAAAAUAACUCAAAACUGACAAGUUUAUCAGCUACCCGAUGGUCGUGUAGAGCUGAUGCUUCCAAAAAUUUGAUUGAGAAUUUCGACGGAAUUUAUGAAGCUCUGUCUUCCAUAGCGGAAGAUAAAGACCAAAAGUCGGACACUCGACACGAAGCUACAUCUUUGUUAAACAGCAUGAUCAAACUUGAAAAUGUAUUUAUGGCUGUAUUUUGGCAUCGUAUUCUCAACCGAUUUAAUAUCGUUAGCAAGUUUCUUCAACAAGUUGAAAUAGAUUUGAAUACAGCUAGUAACAUGCUUUUUUCGUUGAUCGAAUUUGUGAAAAAUUUGCGAGACGAGUUUUCAAAACUAGAAAGCGAAUCAAAAGAACUUAGUCAAUUUGUCAAUCAAGAAUAUUCUAACGCAGAUAAAAGAAGAAAAACAAAAAAGCUAUGCAACGGUGGGAAAGAAAUGGAAACAUUAGAAAAAUCUGACAAAUUUCGAAUCGAAAACUUUUACACAAUUAUCGAUAAACUUAUAAUUGAACUACAGAAACGGAGCGAAGCUUAUAGCCAAAUAACAGGGUUGUUUGGGUUUCUCACAAAACUAUUAAAUAUUAGCCGCGCUGAGAUGCAAGUAAGCACUAAAAAUCUUGUGGAGGUUUACUUUCAAGACUUGGAAGAACAAUUGAUGGAUGAAUUGGAACAAUUCAUACCGCUACUAAAAUUACAACCUGAGGGUUUUUUCUCAAAUCGAAACGGAAAAAAUGAUGAUCUGUUAAAUCCCUUAAAAGUUUUGAAUUGGAUAAUCAAUAGCGAUAUGAUUGAUGUUUUUCCAAACGUUUGUAUCGCGUAUCGUUUAUUUUUGACUACUCCUGUCGCAAAUUGUGAGGCCGAAAGGUCGUUUUCGGUUCUAAAAAGAAUAAAAAAUUUGUACAGAACGACGAUGCUUGAUAGUCGUCUAUCAUCUUUGGCGAGGUUAGCUAUCGAAACAGAGUUGCUGAGAACUCUGAAUUUCGACGACGUUAUUAGAGAAUUUGCGGAGAAAAAAUGUCGAAAGAAACAUUUGUAA